AUGUUGGGCAUGAUAAGUACCUCCCCGAAUUGUCCAAUAGAAGCUCAAUGGUUCGUUGGAAUAUACACAGUUGUCAUCUACGCUCCAUUGGCAUUCGUCUAUGUAGUGGUUGCCACUCUUUUCAUUAAACAUCCCACUGCAUUUCAUCCGUUGUUUGUAAUCUCAUUCUUCCUUAUCCUUCUUGCCUACACUACUUCCAACUUCAUCCUUUUCUUCCGAAAUCUUUUGGAAUUCUUCUUCAUUAAUGAAUUCAUAUUUUCAAUUCUUGAAUUCAUCCUAGUAUCUGCCAAUUAUUACACCCAGCCAAUUGUUAUCCUAGCACUUUUGGAACGGCUGGCAGCUACCGUAUUUGUGUCGAAUUAUGAAAAAUCAUUGCAAUGGAUACCGUACCUAAUUGGACAAUUCAUAUGUAUCAUAUUUGUGGUACUCAUGAGUUUAUCUCAACACGAAGGAAAUCUGAUAAACAAUAUUCAAAUUGUUCUCUCUUUCGUAAUAUGCUCGUGUCUAGUCGCUUUAUUUUUGGUGAAUCGGUACAAAACUGCAAAUUCAGUCGGAAAGUCUACGCUGACAACUAGGUAUCAAUUGGCGGAAAAUAUCAAAGCAUUGAGAAUCUUUGUCCCAUUCAUCGUAUUGGACAAUGUGAUCUCUCUUAUGUUCGUAAUCACCAGUUACACAAUCUCAAUCGCUAGAAAAUUCGACGAAGACGAAUGUAACAAGUCUUCCAGUUAUGUGCCUAUCUUUACAGUGUUCAGGACGAUAGCCAUUCUGAUCCAAAUAUCAAUGGCUGUGAUAGUUGUAUACAUGCACGAGUCAAUGAAAGUCUGGAAUUGGAGAGAUUGUUAUCGAAGAAGUAAUCGGUCACAAGACGUUAGUAUCACGGCAAAUCGACCUGAUAGGCUCAAAAUUAAAAACGUUCUUGGUAAAAACAUUGUGGAACAAGAAACAGGAGAAAACUACUUUGCACAAUUGAGUAAGCAAUGGCAAAAAGUAUAG